AUGCAUAGAAUACUGUUGGGUGGUUGUACAAGUGCUGGUUGUACUUAUGUACUUUCCAAGGAAUUUAGAACACAACGCCCACCACUGUCACCCGAUAAACCUGGAUCAUCGAAAGCAUGGGUUGCAGUAUUUCCAUUUUUGGUCAUUGCUGUUGUUGUUACUGUAACUAUAUGGAAACGGGAAUCAAUUAAACAACGACCAAAACCACUUGCGAAAUAUAUUAAUAUGACAGAUGAAGACGAAAAAGAAAUAUAUGCCGAAUAUCAAGAAUUGGAAAGGAACUCUAUACAAUAUCGUCAGUCAGAAUAUGAAUCCGAAUAUGCCACUUAUGAUCGAUAUGCUAAUAUUACUGCUCGAGGACCUUGGGAGUCAACUGCUGUUCGAUUACAUGGCUCUCAUCGUCAGUAUGAUUAUAUCAAUGCAAAUGAAAUUAAAGUAAUUUAUAUAAAUCUAAAACAUUUAAACCAAUGUCUACUUUUUAAAAAAAAGGGUUUAUAUAAUGAAAAACAAUAUAUAGCUUGUCAAGGUCCAUUAGAAAAAACUUGUGAAGAUUUUUGGGAAAUGAUUAUUCAAUAUGGAUUUAUUCUUUUUAAGGAUACCAAUGAAUGUCAUAUAUAUCAUUAUUAUUUUAUUGGUUGGUCAGAUUUCAGUGUUGUUGAACCACAAAAAUUAAUUGAACUUAUUAAAUAUAUUAAUAACCAUGGUCGAAACCAAUUUGAUUUGAUUGGAAAAGCUAAAGAAGCUUUAUUAAUACCUACUGUUGUUCACUGCAGCGCCGGUGUUGGACGAACAGGUACAUAUAUUGCAGUAGAUAUGAUAAUGCGUUUGAUUGAUCGAUUAAAGAAUGAUUUAUCAACAAUGAAACUUGAUGUUAUGGGUAUUGUUUAUCAACUUAGACAAGAUAGAGGGAAAAUGGUACAAACUAGGGAUCAAUAUAUGUUAGUAAAUCGUUGUGUAGAAGAAUAUUUAAGACGAACUAAUCGAAUAAAUGAGGGUAGGUCAUUUUGUACAGGUCAUAUGUAAAUUAGAAGAAAAUAGUGUGUGUAAGUUUAAAUCAAAGUGUUGUGGCUCACCCUUUUCAUUACACAUCUUAGUAAUUAGUAGUAAAUGUUGUUAAGUAUUCUAAGUCAUGUCGAAUAGAUGAGUUUCAUGUUUCAGUCUCCACGCUCUGGCUCUAACAAGCUGUUUAUUAGAUGUUCAAAACAGAUUCCAAAGGAAUGAAAUGCAAGGUGGCAAAUUUACGAUGACUGCAACAAUGAAAAUUUAUUUAUAAUUCUUAAGAUAUGAAAACAUUUUGUUUUGUUUUUAUUUUGCGUUCUAAUACAGACGAAAUACUGGAAUACACAUUUUUGCACAUAUUCGACUAUCUCAGAAUACUCCCAGAGAUCUAUUGAAAAAUGAAAUUGAUAUCUUUUUAUCUAGCUCUGGGAAAAUUAACGCAAUACGAAAGUAUUGAUAAUCAAUCAGAAAGAAUAUCUACAUAUGUUAAUUUGAAUUUUGCACAGUUUAACAACGAUGUAACGACGAGAUCAUCAUUGGCGUCAGCUAAGAAAAACAUAUAUUGUCCAUCUGUAGCCGGUGAUCAUGAUUAAUUUUCCAAUUCUCUUUGGCACAAUCUUAAAUAUUGGCAUUUAUAUAAUGAUUGCCAUCAUACAACAAGAGAUAAUGAUACAUGGCUGUGAUUUUCUUGAACGACUACAAGUAGUCGAUCACUUUGUUUUUUAACAGAAACCCUUUUUAGAAAUUACCAGCUACUUAUUUUCGGUGGGCAAUUGUUCUUUUGCUUUUUUCUUUAAUCUUGCAUUAUUUAUUUUUAUCCCUGACAAUGGAAUGAGUGAUUUAUGUGUUGAUAAGAAACAAUAAACAUGGUCUUUGUUUGGUAAAAUUUCGUUUUUAUUUACCUUCAAGCUAAUAAAUGAAGAGCGUCUGACAAACAAAUAAUUAGCUACGUUAUGUGAGAUAAGUCAAGAGCAGAAGUCAAUAAUAAAGUCAGAUUUGAAUUUUUGACCUGAUGAAUUUUUAGAUAAAGCCAGAAUUUCAGCUAAUUGGAAGUGACCGUUGGUGUAAUUGAAUAGAAGACUCUCUCUAACUUACAAGGACGCCCACAACCUUCAUUUAAAUUUAAAUUUAAAUUUUGAUAAUUCAAAUAUAAAAUAAAUAAACAGGAAAAUGCUACUCCAACUAGAUAAUUUCAUACUUUUCAUUUAUCAUAAAUAGAUACUGUGGCGUAACUUCGAUACAUGGUCUGAGAAAAACAAUUAAUAAGCAAAUUAUGUGCAUUAUAAUAAAAAAAUAAAAAUUAUUUUGUGGAACUCACAUAUAUUUUCGAAGAAAAUAGUGAGUGUAAGUUUUAAGUUCGAGGUUUCGCGACUCCCCCCCCCCCCCUCCCCUUCCAGCCCGGCGUCCUUACCGACCCCCACGAGCCAAGAGCACGCAUCAGAGCC